CAGGCCACAUUGCUCUCUUGAGUCGCUGAGUACCUUCAGACACGCUCUCACACUCCUCAUUCACUAAUACACAUGCACACACUUCACAGCCUGGCGGCCGCACAGCCUGCCCUCUCCAGGAUGACAUUCUACUAAACACAGCAAGGCGAUCUCAUCAGUGUUUUCAGAGUUCAGUAGCAACCAUGCCCAUUCUCAAGAAGCUCCCAGGAAGGUCAAAGAGCUGCCAUGAGUUCCCCAGGGUGAAUGGGGAACUGAUCCUGCCCCGGAUGGAUUUGGAUGUCAGAGAACUAAAUGAUCUCAAAGACCUGAAGGAGCUGAGCGACCUGAAGGACCUGAACAAAAACCUGAACCCCUUUGACGACGUGGACCUGGAUGAUGAUGAGAGGCUCGAAGGCGGCGUGGGCCUCAUAAUGGGAGACAUCCACCUAAAGUCCUCUCGCGAUGGAGAAGAGGAGGAAAACGAGGUGAACGCAGAACGCCACGGGGCGGGAAACCCCAAAGGGAAGCCGCUCAGAGGGACCCUGGAGCGGAUCUGUGGAGUGUCGCCCCUCAAGACCCUCGGAAAGCUGGGGAAGGGGCUCCGCAAGUCUGGACGCAGCGUGUGGGGGAACAACAACGCCUCCCACUACAGCCCUGGAGACUGCAACACGUUGCCCACAGAGAGAGAGAGAGGGAAAGGACUGCGCAGAGGCUCAGAGGGAAUCAUGACCCUGCUCCGCUUCCCAGGUCGGCGUAAGGAGGAGCGCAGGGAAAGCCUGCCCUGUGGGGACCUGAGUGCAGACAAGGAGGCGGAGGACGCCAGGCGGCCCUCCUUCCUCAGGAUGGUGAGCCUGGGCAAGCUGAAAAGAGAGUCCAUGUCAGACAAGACCUCUCAGGAGGCCGAGGAGGAAGAGGAGGAGGAGGAGCCCGUGGUCAAGACCCGAGAGCCGCUCUCAGUCCUGGAGAUCCUGCAGCUGGUCAACCACAGGGACCUCCUCCUGGCCGACACACACAUUCAGGAGUUGGAGCGGGAGUGUGAGCUGCUGUCGCUUCUGCCCACGCCGACCGCCCUCACCCCCCCCCUGUGUCCCAGCACCCCCCCCUGCCUGAGCCCCCCGCUGUCCUCCACCAUCGACGACGCCCUCAGCUCCAGUGCCACGCUGGACUCCAGCCGGCGCAAGGCCAAGGACGUGGAGCUCCUGUACGAAGCCCUGCAGAAGGAGAUGUGGGACGUCGUGAGGGAGUCCCUGCGCCAGCCCAGCGCCGGGCCCAACCUCGGCUUGGUGGUCCUCGUCAUCCAGCAGGAGGAGCACGCCGAUGCCACCUGGGCGCUGAGGGAGGAGACCAAGCCCAGAGAGAGCCCCCAGGUCCAGCCCAGCCAGCGGCCUCGGCGCCUGAAGAUGAAAUGGAGGCAGGCUGUGGCGGAGGCCGCAGACUGGAGCCUGCCCAACCAGGUGGACCCUCAGGCCGGGCAGCUGGCCUCGUACCUGGAGCGCCUGAGGGGCCGCAUGGUGGACGACCUGGACGCAGCGCGGAGGAACGCCAUAGCCAUUUACCCGGAGGAGUUCGCCGCCUUCCAGGUAUAUGUGGAAAGUUACCACAGAGCUGUGGGCAGACGCCUACGGACUCUGACCAGCGGCCCACUGCAGAUCACUGACGUCUACUCACUGCUGGACUGGUUCUACAACAUCUACAACAGGGAUGUCCUAGGAACUAUUGGCACAGCAGCUCAGAUCAACUAUGCUCCACUGGAGCCGAUUUUGCCUCAAGAUGUAGUGGACAGGCUGGAACAAGACUGCAUCAGUAUUGUGAGGGAGAAGGUGACGACCGAGCUGUUUCAGGUUCUGGAUGAAGAGGAACGACGCUGGGCCCAGACUCUGCACAUAGAGGAGUAUCAGUCUCACCUGGCACGCUCUGUCAUCCAGAGGAUAAAGGUAGAUUUGGACAGAUCGACGUCUGUGAACCACUUUCUAGGGGCCAGAGUGGCUCGCUGUAGUCUCACUGGAUUGGCUGACUUUCUUUACAGCUUCCAGAGAAAGGUGGAGAUGUUUCAUGAGACACAGGCAGAAUUUGGAGAUAGAGGGGACGGAUACGUUUCCAGGACCAUAGCUCUGGUCAACUGCUGCCCUCCUCUCAGGUCCUUUGUGGAGCGCUGCAGGCAGUGCGACCCACAGGGCAGCGAUGAGUCGGCACUUAGAGCCAACUCGUCCCUGGACAGGAUGAUCAACCAGUCCGUGAGGGUGCUGACCAACCGUCUGUUCGAGCACAUCGGGCCUUUCUUUGACAAACUGAUAAAAAGAAAAUGGCUGAACAACACUGAGGCCUUCGAGGCCAUUGAAGCCAGCAUUAAACAGCACUUCAAGAAGUUCAGAAGGAUGGACCCACCUCCAUAUCAGACGCUGGUGGGCGAGGUGCACCGGAGGGUCCUGGUGGAGUACGUCCGAGCCAUCACACGAGGACGGGUGAUUUGCACAUCCUCCAAAAUGAGGAAGAGGAUGGCCUUCCGCUUGCAAGACGAGGCGAAGCAGCUGAAAGGACUCUUUAAAGACCUGGACUCCAACUCGUCGUGGCUGGACAGUAUCAUCUGCCACCUCGCUGACAUCAUCCUCCUGGAGGACACUCCUUCCAUCCAGAUGGAGGUUGCUGUGCUGGUGAAAGAAUUUCCAGAUAUACGGAAGAAGCACGUCUCCACCCUGCUGAACGUGCGCGGGAUGAUGCGACAGGCCGAGCGCCAGGAGAUCCUCAAUGUGGUCAAAGACUUCGAGUGCAGCGGUUCCCUCGUGUGCCGCGACCGCGCGCUCUUCGCCGACAUCCCCGCCACGUCGGAGGUGCACUGCAUCAGCCUGGGCCUCCUCCGCCUCGCCAUGACCGUCUCCAACUGGUUCUCGGAGCACCGCCCCAGGCGCGCUCACAGGACGGGCGGCAGAAGCGCCGCGGCUCCGGCCGCCGAGGACGUGGACGACACAAACAAGCUGCACAGAGACGACUAGCAGCCGGCGCUUGUCUUCACAGAUAUGUUGUGAUGAGUUGUACAUGCACCUUGACCAAACCCUGACUGUACCAAGGCACCAGGCAUUCGACGACACUUGACUCUAGGUACUGCUCGUACUGUACAUGCUCACAUCACUCUGUGCACCCGCAACGGAACGUGAAUCUUAUGAUUUUUUCAGUAUAAUUGAUUUUCAUUUACACAAGUACAGAAGUAAAUAAGUGGUAUAAAAUAUCCUCUCUGUCUUUUACGCAAUAUGGAUGUAACAUGUAUUUAACCAUCCAUUUACAGUAUAGCCCCCCUUUCAGGUAUAUAAUGCAUAUAAUAUGUAGGAAUACGAAAGUGUUGAACUUUACUGUGAAUAAAAUGAGUCCAUUGCUGGAAGCCUAAUAAAAACCCAUUGACUGGGUGGAUGAAA